UGCGCCAUGAUAAUGUAGUGGCAAGGGGCACGUUUCAUCAGCUGCCCGCUAUAACAGGAUUGGGUGUGCGGAAUUUUACGAUCAGCUGAGGAUCCUGUACCGCCUUUAGGUGACUGAAUUCACUAAUUAAACUAUAUCACGGGCGAUAUCGGAGUGUGCGUUCUGCGCACUCUCGGUGCAGUGCUGCUCAGGGGUAUCCUCCCGCAACCCCCGAAGCCAUUAAGGAUGGGUAAACCCAUAACACACAUGUGUUUACGUAGACGUGGCACAGCAGGGACAUGUUGUUAAGUUCCAGUGGGUAGGCUAUAGAGGACGAACGUCAGCAUUAUUACUAUUUUUGAUGGUUGUUAUAUGAAAAAUAAAAAUACUCUACACUUCACAGUCGGCUACACUAGAUGGCACCAGUUCCCUUGUUAUAGGUGAAUCGCUAACACGCCCACUUUCGAGGUCAUGCCGCUAAAUAUGGCGGCGCCCAUAGCGCGGGGGUGGCGACCCGUUUGGAUACGGGGUUCAGUACUGAAAAAGAAGUAUCAGUGUUUUUGCAGUAAAGUGAAAUUCCUCUCCACUGUCAGCGGUGGAAGUGGGCUCCUGUCAGCUCUUAACAAACGAGGGAUUUUAAAGGACGCGUUCCCGGAUUCUGCCGUCCAAGUGCAGCUUCCGCAGCUUCUGCAGUCCGGUCCGCAGACGGUGUACUGCGGCUUCGACCCCACCGCUGACAGCCUGCAUGCGGGGAAUCUGGUCGCUAUCAUCGGGUUGCUGCACUUCCGAAGCGCCGGCCACAAUGUCAUCGCGGUCAUCGGGGGAGCCACUGCCCAGAUCGGGGACCCGAGCGGAAAAACAAAGGAACGGGAACAGCUCUCCGAAGAGGCCGUGGAGGAGAACACGAGGGGCAUCAGAGAGAGCCUGCAGCGAGUUUUUGCCAACCACGAACUGUAUUUCUCCAGUGGUAGCCAAAAGCUGGGGACGAUGACGGUCCUGAACAAUGCCAGCUGGUACCACAGGUGGAAUGUGGUUUCGUUUCUGUCCGACGUGGGCAGGCACUUUCGGAUGGGCACGAUGUUAAGUAGACACAGCGUGCAGUCCCGGCUGCGGAGCGCCGACGGCAUGAGCAUGACCGAGUUCUCCUACCAGCUCUUCCAGGCCUACGACUUCUACCAUCUCAACCAGCACUACGACUGCAAGAUCCAGCUGGGAGGAACAGACCAGCUCGGCAACCUGAUGUCCGGUCACGAUUAUAUCCACAAAGUGACAGGACAGGAGGUGUUCGGGCUCACCGUGCCUCUGGUGACCAGUACCGCUGGAGACAAGCUGGGAAAGACCGCUGGGAACGCCGUGUGGCUUAACCGGGACAAAACCUCCCCCUUUGAGCUGUACCAGUAUUUCCUCAGACAGCCUGACGCCAGCGUAGAAAGGUACCUGAAGAUGUUCACCUUCCUGCCGUUGGAGGAGGUGGAGAAGGUGAUGGACCAGCAGAGGCAGGACCCGGGGAAGCGGCCGGCGCAGAAGCGGCUGGCAGCGGAGGUCACCAAGCUCAUCCACGGCAGGGAGGGCCUGGAGAGUGCCAAGAGGUGCACCAGCGCUCUGUACCACGGCAGCCUGCAGGCGCUGGAGACGAUGAGCGACGAGGAGCUGCAGGAGCUCUUCCGGGAGGCUCCCUUCAGCGAGAGGCUGCUGGAGCCGGGCAUCACUGUUCUGGAGGCCUGCCGGAUGGCCAACGCCAUCCCCGAGGGGGCCAGAGGGUACCACAUGGUGACGGAGGGCGGGGUUUCGAUAAACCACAGCAGGGCAGACAACCCCGAGCAGGUGCUGAUCCCAGGCCAGCACAUCCUCGCCAACGGCCUGACCCUUCUGCGAGUGGGCAAGAAGAACUUCUACAUUCUUAAGUGGCUGAACUUGUGACAUCACAGCAAGCUGCACGAGAACUGCUCAUCCACCCUGCUCCUGCCAGGCGUCCUGGACCCUUCUGACCCUGAGGCAUGCAGGGAAAAAAGGUCACUUGGCGGAGUCAAGCUCCAGCAGCUUCAGAGAGAAAUUCCUUAUCAUGUGGAUUUUAUUUUGCGUC